AUGUGGGAGGUUCCAACAGAAUACAUCUUAGAUGGGAGACGCCUAAAGCUUGGUUCAGGAAAGGCUGCCCGAGCAGCACAAAGAGUUACAAAUGACCUAGAGGACUGGAGCCCUGGCGCGAACGCACCGGACUUUGACAGAUUCGUCUGGGUAGAGGGGGAGAAGGUUGGGCAUUUGACCCCAUUUACGAUCACGAAGCCAACUAAAAGUCAAGAUCUAAAUAAGAUCGAUUGGGCUCGGCGGGUAACAGCGCCAAUGCCCUUGCGCGUCAUAAACAAAUUAAUGAGGCAGGGGAUCCUUGACCCAGAUGGGCCCCUAUCGCCCGUGCUACCCAAAUUCAAGGAGCGAAUGGUAUGGGUUGGGCUGGAGUAUUUCCGGUCUAGGCCUCAGGGGAUCGAGCUUAGGGACCUCACUGACGACGCCCUGAGAUUUUUUGCCCUUGUCCUAAGCUAUGCCAAGGCAUCAGGUUCCUGUAGUGGCAGAAGCCCUAAGUUCUCUACCUCGAUCAUGCCACGCACAGAUUUCGCUACCAUGUUUCGUCUAGCCAAUUUGGACAAUAUUUUGAGGGAUAAGUCAUUUUACGAAAUAGUGAAAAUAGCUUCGUGCUAUGAGAUUGACAAAACAGGGCACAUCAAAAGAGUGAUUAGCAUCGACCCAAGGUACAGCAACGGUACCCUGGAAGAACCCCUGCCGAAUAAUAAGCUUGAUACAGCCCAGUUCGUCAUCGGGGAGGCCAAGAUCAAUGUGCGGGACUGGCUCGAAGGAAUCCAGCAUGGCACAGACAUACUCAGUGAGUUUGACGCUGAUCACGGCGAUACCCAAAUCGGCGCCCUUGGAAUGCGCACGGAAAGGGUGUUUGGCAGACAGGAGCUGGCCCCAAUCUUUGUGUUCAGGAACUUGGGCAGUUCAAAGAAGGAAGCAUUCGCCCGUGACGUUCAGGAAGCCGAGGAAUGCGUGAUCAGGCUCCAUAUGGGAUCUUAG